AUGGGCGGUUACCUGAGCCGGCCUCGCCCUCACCCGUCGUCACCUGCUCGGCGGGGCGGGUGCCAGCCAGAGAGCCCCGAGUGCCUCGGGCCAGCGCACACCGCCAGCCGUGCUUCCCCAGCUUUCCGGGUUCACUCGGGGGCCCCAACUCUCGACCUGGCUCGCAGGCUGUCCUAUGAGGGUUUCAUGGGUUCACCCCGUCGUCGUCUGUACCGUCGGCGGUUUGUCCUAGUCCAUCGGCGGCCAUAUUCAAUCCAGCAAGCCCGGUGUUUAUUUUGGUGUUUUUUUCCCUCUGUGCCCCGGAGUGGCCAUCAGAAGCCAUUGCCGUCUGCUUGCAGUUCCAAGAUGUUCUACACCUCAGUGAUCCUGAGGAUGGUAUCCGCAAAGGGCAGACUGACGCUCGGUUUGCCUCUGAAGCAGACAGUCAUCUGUACGUGGUCUUCGUUUUCUGUUCACCUCCCAAACCUUUGCGUCAAGGAGAUUCUGGUGAGGGCCGUAGAAGAGAGUGGUCAACUGAGAGGAAAGGAAGAGAAGGACCUGACAGCCUUGGCUGAGAGCAGAAAGGGGCUAGCGAAGCAAAAGAAAGGGCACUCAGCCCAGGGGAGUGAGGAUGAACAGAGAAAAGGCUCGAACCCAGGUGGGAAUGCCAAGUCCGCAUUUAGACGCCUCGUGAUUGAUGGGGUCCUCUCGUCCUUUGUGCCCAGGCCUGGGCCUCUGGUUCUCUGUUCCAAGAGCUCUGAAGAUAUCCUGAUUAGGAAAUCUCAGACCUACUUUUUGAGUUCAUACAGCAAGCGAAAUGCCAUCACCAGUUCGUACAGCUCCACAAGAGUUGCCCCACAGCUCCAGAGGAGUGGUCCAGACGCAGCCGGGCUCCUGGGCUCCGAGGCAUCGCAUCUUCAUGUGCUCUCAGAGCAAACCGAGGAGGGCCAUCGGCCUAACCCUUCAGCCUCAAUGGAGCCGCAGAGGAAGAUCGAGGAUGAAAAAAUUGCAGAUGACCACUUAAGGAAGAAACAAAACCUAAAUUGCUCACAGUCAUCUGACAGUUCCAGGCCCCGCAAACGCAAGAUUCCUCUGCUGCUGCCCUCCAUGCGAAACGGCCCGCUGAUCCUGCCCCCACCCCUCCAGAUGGGUUAUCCAGUCACUGCUGAAGUCCUUGACCUCGAGAAGAGAGCUGCGAUCAGGUGGAUUAACAACGUCUUGGAAGGGUAA